AUGCUGUUUUUUUUUUACGAUCCCGCCUCACCCCUCUCCCCCUUCUUUUCCCUCCCCCCCAUCUUUCUCCUAAUCCCUCUCACCCCUCUCCCCUUUCUUUCCCCGCUCCCACCUCUCGCCUCGGCAGAAGCAGGAAACGGGGCGAGCAGGGGCGGCGGGGGGGCAGCAGGGGAGGUGCGGAAGAAGGCGAGGAUGAGCAAGUUCGGCAAGAACCCUUUCGUGGAGACCAGCUUCCUUCCCGACAGGGACCGAGAGGCGCAGGAGACAGCAGAGAGGGAGCGACUGGCCAAGCAGUGGAUGGCGGAGCAGGAACGGAUAAAGAACGAGCCGUUGGAGAUCACGUACAGUUUCUGGGAUGGGGCGGGGCACAGGCGAGUCAUCAAGGUGCGCAAGGGCGACAGCAUAGCGGACUUCCUGCGGGCGGUGCAGCAGCAGCUGGCGCCCGACUUCAGGGAGGUGCGGUCGGCGUCGGUGGAGGGGCUCGUGUACAUCAAGGAAGACCUCAUCAUCCCGCAUCAAUACACGUUCUACGAGCUCAUUGUGAACAAGGCGCGCGGGAAGAGUGGCCCGCUGUUCCACUUCGAUGUGCACGAUGACAUUCGCACCACGGGGGAUGCCACCAUUGAGAAGGACGAGUCCCACGCGGGAAAGGUGGUGGAGAGGCACUGGUACGACAAGAACAAGCACAUCUUCCCCGCCUCGCGAUGGGAGAUAUACGACCCGGCCAAGAAGUGGGACCGAUACACCAUCCACGGCAACUGA